AUGGCGCAACACAACCUCGCCUGGUGGACCUUUCGACAGUCAACGCGGGAGCCUGGGGGAGGUAUUGGGCCAACUGGGUCGGCAUACACCAAGCAGAAUCCGAAGAUAUGCGAGGCGUUGAUUAUUAGCCUUGCCCUCCAAGUUCAUGGUGAUGGCACCAGUGACAACUACACCUCCAAACACUCCGCUAAGAAUUCUGCAUUCCCUGCACCGCCCGAGGCCAGCUGA